UUCCCCUUUCAGUGUUCACAGAACGGGGAAAGAAGGAUUGUGUACGCUCUCAUUCAUUCAAUCAUAUUUAUUGAGCGCUUACAGUGUGCAGAGCACUAUUCUAAGCGUUUGGGAGAGGCGAUACAACAACAAACAGACCCAUUCCCUGGCCAUAACGAGCUAGAGGUCAGCAUACCGUUCGACUCCAAUGGGAAGCAAGUUGGGAGAAAGUGCUUGAUCCGGGGAGAGGCCAUCAAUGAGGAGAGAGUCACUGAGGAUCAACAUGGAAGACAUCUACGAGAACAUUCUUGUGAGGAAGAUGCCUCCUAAACCUCAGGACCCACCUCACACACUUUCCUCCUCCCCACCAGGACCAUUCCUCACGGAAGAAAUGCCGGCGUCCCUCAAGACCCAACACAUCAUCCGCGCUGCCCUGAUCAUGCUCGCUGUGGCCCUCGCGUCCUCUCUCAUUGCGGUGACCAUCCUGUAUGUCCAGAGCCGGAAAGGUCUACGUGACUUUGAGAGCAGCAGGAGAGCAAAGGACAUCAGUGGCCUGCAGGCAGAGGUGAAGAGGUUACAGAGCCGUUGGAAGACCAGCAAUGACUCCUUCACAGUGCUCAGAGAACGAUACAAUACCAUCUUAAAAUUGCUCUCUGAGGGCUGGCAUUCUUACAACCAGAAUUUCUAUUUCUUCUCCAAUGAUUCGAAGACCUGGGCCGAGGCCGAGGGGAUCUGCGAGUCCUGGGAUUCUCACCUGACGUCGGUGACUUCAGAGGGAGAACAGAAGUUUUUGGUCAGGCUAAUGAAUGGACAAUCUCACUGGAUCGGACUGAAUGACCAAGAGAACGAAGGUAUCUGGAGGUGGACAGACGGGAUGGAGUUCAGAGAGAAUGAGAACAAGCAGUUCUGGGACAAAGGGCAGCCGGACAACUGGGAUCAGGGCGAGGGGCUGAAUGAAAACUGCGUCUUUUUCCAGAAAAUCACAGUGCAGGGGUGGAAUGACGGAAACUGUGAUUUGAAGUUCCACUGGGUGUGCAAGAAGACGAUUCCCCUUGGAUGGGAGGUGUAGGGGUCUGACUGAGGCUUCCAAGGACCCUUAUCUAUUGGCCGUUGUGAGCAAGAAGCAGGCUAAGAAGGAGAAACUUCCUGUGAAUUUAA